AUGGUCCGAGUUCUCAUCACCGGCUCCGCUGACGGUCUGGGCCUCGAGUCCGCACGCCAGCUAGUGAAGCGUGGCCACACCGUCUACCUGCACGCGCGCAACGAGAAACGCGCAGCUGAUGCGAGAGCCGCCUGUCCCGGCGCUGCUGGUGUACUGAUCGCCGAUUUAUCCAGCCUGGCGGAAACUCGCAGCCUUGCCGACCAAGCCAACGCGAUCGGCCAAUUUGAUUCAGUCAUUCUCAACGCCGGCAUGUUAGCCGGGCCGUUCCGCAAGACUCCGGACACUGGUAUCCCCGCCAUGGUGUUUGUUAACGUUGUUGCUCCGUACAUCCUGACCUGUUUAUUACAUCGGCCCAAGCGGCUGGUAUUCAUCUCCUCGCAGUUGCACCGCCAAGGUGACACUAGUGUGGAGGAUAUCUUCUGGCUCAAGCGCGGUGAAUCAAGGUUCCAGGAUUACCCGGCAUACUGCGACUCGAAGUUGCAUGUCCUCCUGCUUGCGAAUGCUGUGGCCAGAAGGUUUAAAGAUACCUCCGUGGUCUCAGUACACCCCGGCUGGAUAGCCACCAAGCUCGGUGGCCAAGGGGCACCUGAUAAACUGGAGGAUGKGGUGGAUACUUAUGUGAUGUUGGCAGAGGGAGAUUACGAUCAAAGCCUAACAGGAAAGUACUUCGACCCAAAGAGAAAACUUGGUCAUCCGUUGCCAGCAUCAGAGGACAUCGACUUGCAGGAGAAGGUGGUCAAAGCCUGUGAGGAGGUGACCGGUCUGAAGCUUCCUGCUUAA